GUGGGGCGGGUUAUUAUUAUGCCAGAUCCGGCAACUGAGCUGUGGAGUCGAGUCUGCGGCUCUGCUUGCGGAUUACCUGUUCCUUUCGGCAGCUUUAACUGUCUAUUAUUCCCACCAAAUCUUCCCUACAGAGUACUUUCUCUCCCUAUCUUUUCUUAUUGCCUCUUUUAUUCACAUAUCCUUUAUUACUGUUUAGGUAAUAAAAUUUCGGUUGGCUCACCUUGCCUUGCUUUGGCUUCAGUCACUAUAAACUGAAGCAACCUCGGAUAUGCUUCCUCUAUGAGUAUUAAAUAUUAGAUUUUGAAGUUCAUCUCUUGCAUUCUGUCUUUGAAACCUGCCAUUUCUCCGAUACCUCACACACUCGUUGGACCAAAAUUUUCUUUCCAAUCUCUUCGGGUACAAUCUCGAUCAUUGAAUUUCUUUAAGUUGAAUAUCUCUCGUGCCUGGUGGUCGAAUCAUCAUGGCGGACACGAACGAUGCCUUCGCCUCUGGCGUGAAUCAGGGAAACGAUGUACGACGUCGGAAUGUUGCCAAUACAACAAGAAUCAACAACAGCGUUGCCCAUAACCCAGGUACUGAAGACGAAGAGAAAAGAGCCUCGAAGCCAAAUUCGUUCCUAGCUGUUCUAGAAGAGUGGGAGCCCGUCAUUGCACCGAUACUAUUGACAGCACUGUCUAUUUUCACGCGCAUGUACCGCAUUGGUCGUUCAAACAUAGUGACAUGGGACGAAGCGCAUUUUGGCAAAUUUGGCUCCCAUUAUUUGAAACGGGAAUUCUACUUCGACGUCCAUCCUCCAUUGGGCAAAAUGCUAGUUGGCCUGUCCGGUUAUCUUGCAGGUUACAACGGGUCAUUCGAAUUCAAGUCGGGGGAAACAUAUCCAGAAGACGUCAAUUACACAUUCAUGCGCGUUUUCAAUGCUGCUUUCGGUGCUGCCUGCGUCCCCCUCGCCUAUUAUACUGCUCGCGAUCUUAACUUCCGGCGAGCUACAGCAUGGCUUAUUAGUUUCAUGGUCCUUUUUGAAAACUCAUACGCUGCAAUUUCGCGGUUCAUCCUACUCGACUCGAUGCUACUGUGCUUCACAUUCACUACAAUGAUGUGCUGGGCAAGAUUUCACCGACUGCAAAAUGCCAGCUUCUCUAUCGAGUGGUUUGCCUGGCUCUUCUUGACCGGGCUUAGCAUUGGCUGUGUUUGCAGUGUGAAGUGGGUUGGUUUCUUUUGCACUGCAGUUGUGGGUCUUUACACAGUUGAGGACCUUUGGAAUAAAUUUGGUGACUUGAAGAUGCCUAAGGCUACACUUGCUAGCCAUCUCCUGGCACGUGUCUUUGGGUUGAUCGUUAUUCCUCUCCUCGUCUACAUGUUCUCAUUCUACCUGCAUUUCUUGGUUCUGAGCAAUAGUGGCCCAGGAGAUGCUCAAAUGAGUUCCCUUUUCCAGGCAAAUUUGAAGGGCACAGAAGUCGGAAAAGACAGUCCUCUUGAAAUUGCAAUUGGUUCAAGAGUUACAUUGAAAAACAUGGGCUAUGGUGGUGGACUUCUUCAUUCUCACGUUCAAACCUAUCCAGAAGGUUCAACACAACAACAGGUUACAUGUUACCAUCAUAAAGAUGCAAACAACGACUGGUUCAUUUAUCCUAACCGAUAUGAGCCUGAAUUUGACCCCGAGGCACCCUUGAAGUUCAUUGGUGAUGGUGAUAUUGUUCGACUUGUACACGGACAGACAGGCCGGAAUCUCCAUUCUCAUACCGUUUCUGCGCCAGUGACAAAAUCUCAUUACGAGGUGUCUUGUUAUGGUAACACCACCAUCGGAGACGAAAAAGACCAUUGGGUUGUCGAGGUUGUCGAAGAUGUCGCAUCCAAAGACAGAUCAAGAAUCCGAACUCUGACUACUUCUCUUCGAUUUCGACAUGCUUCUCUUGGUUGCUACUUGAGGGCUGGUAAUGUCAACCUCCCUCAAUGGGGCUUCAAACAGAUUGAAACAACCUGUGCCAAAGACAGCAAAAAAGGAGAUGUCUAUACACACUGGAAUGUAGAGUCCCAUAUCAAUGAUAAGCUCCCAGCGGGUGACCCGGGAGCGUAUAAAUCACCGUUUUGGAAGGACUUCAUCCAUCUUAAUGUUGCGAUGAUGACCUCCAACAAUGCUCUAGUUCCAGAUCCGGAUAAGCAAGACGACCUUGCAUCCAAAUUUUGGCAGUGGCCCAUCCUGAACGUUGGCUUACGCAUGUGCUCCUGGGAUGACAACACGGUCAAGUAUUACCUCCUAGGAAACCCUUUGGUUUACUGGGGAAGUACGGCGAGUCUGGGAGUUUUUGGCGGGUUGGUUCUUUGGUAUCUCAUCCGUUGGCAGCGAGGAUAUAAGGAUUUGUCUCAGGCAGAUAUCGACCAUUUCCAUUACUCUGGGCUGUAUUUGGUCAUCGGGUGGGUGCUUCAUUACCUUCCUUUCAUUGUCAUGGCACGAGUGACCUAUGUUCAUCACUACUAUCCGGCCCUUUAUUUCGCCAUACUUGUGUUCGGUUUCUGCGUGGACUGGCUCGUCAAAAGCCUUCGGACCGGCUCGGCCUGGGUGGUAUACGGUGUUCUUUAUGCUGCUACUAUUGGGCUAUUUGUCUACUUCCGUGUGAUUGUGUUUGGGAUUGAAGGCCCUAGCCAGCAAUGGUCUCAUCUCAACUGGUUAAGUGGUUGGAGAAUUUCGAACUGAUGUUUUCCGGUUAUACAACCGUUCAUGGGGCUAUGCAGCUCUACAAUCUCUUCUUCUCCCUUGCUUUUCUCCUCUUGACUAGUCAGAAGUAGCAUUGCCUGUCUUCUUUCUGAGCCUUACUUUGGGAGGCUAUCUGGAAUAUCUUUUGAAGUUUUGUAAUUGACCUUUGUGAAUCGAAUCUAGCUGUUUAUAUCCUGUAGCUUAUUUCAUCCCUUUCUCUUAUUUUUUUGCUUAGAAUGCCUCACUGUCAAUUAGUUAUAGUGUAAAUGAUGUCUUGAUAAAAAAUCCAUUUAUAUGUGGUG